AUCAACUCGGUGUGGGGCGGGGGGCAAGAGGGCCUAAGUCUUAUUUCUCAGAAGGGCUGUCCACAGAGGCUGCGCGAGCCCUCAGUGUCCUGGGUCACUCCUGUCUGCCUGUGCUUGUGAGUGUCUGCCAAUCAGAGGGAGGGGGGACACGCAUGGAAAGGCAGAGUGAGGUAAAAGAGUCACACACAGAGAGAUACACAGAGAGAAAGAGAAAUGGAAAGAGCCAGAGAGAGCCAAAGAGACAUACCCAAGGCACAGAAAGAUAUAAAGAGACAGAGAUAGGGUUAGAAAGACACAAAGGGGUGAACACAGACAGAAAGAAGCAAAGGAAUACACAGCAACGUACAAAGAUGAGAUGGACAGAUGCCAAGACAGAGAAAGGGGAGAGGGAGAGCGAGAGCGAGAGUUGGCGUCAGGGACAUGGAGAGACAGAGACACAGAGUCAGAGAUUGAGGGAUGUAGAGGAAGAGACAGAGAAGCAAAGAGACAGUCAGAAACACAGAGAGAUCACAGUCAGAGACAGAGGCAGAGAGAGAAGUACACAGAAACAGCACAGGGAAGAACACACAGGCGACAGACCCAGGGAAGACAGGCAGUCAGGGUGGGUGGCAAGCAAGUUAGAGGAGAGCGAGAGAGAUGGAGGGAAAGUCAGAGAGACUCAGAUACACACAGAAGAACAAGAUAAAGGUUGCACAGAGAGUCCCCCCAGAAGCAGAGCUGCAGAACGGGUUGAUCAGACCAGUCCAGCCAGAGAGGAGGUGGGGCCCUGGAGGCGUGGGGCUGGAUGCUGGCCUGAUGCUGGCCUCUGGCCUGCCCACAGCCUACAAGGAGAAGAUGAAGGAGCUGUCUGUGCUGUCGCUCAUCUGCUCCUGCUUCUACUCACAGCCGCAUCCCAACACCAUCUACCAGUAUGGGGACAUGGAGGUGAAGCAGCUGGACAAGCGGGCCUCUGGCCAGAGUUUCGAGGUCAUCCUCAAGUCCCCCUCCGACCUGUCCCCAGAGAGCCCCAUGCUCUCCUCUCCCCCCAAGAAGAAGGAUGUCUCUCUGGAGGAGCUGCAGAAGCGGCUGGAGGCGGCUGAGGAGCGGAGGAAGACGCAGGAAGCGCAGGUGCUGAAGCAGCUGGCAGAGCGGCGUGAGCAUGAGCGCGAGGUACUGCACAAGGCACUGGAGGAAAACAACAACUUCAGCCGCCUGGCAGAGGAGAAGCUCAACUACAAGAUGGAGCUCAGCAAGGAGAUCCGCGAGGCGCACCUGGCGGCGCUGCGCGAGCGGCUGCGUGAAAAGGAGCUGCACGCCGCUGAGGUGCGCAGGAACAAGGAGCAGCGGGAGGAGAUGUCUGGCUGAAGGCCUUUCUACACCUGGCACCUGAGUCCUGAGCCAAGACAAGAACACAGUCCGGUUCUGGUUGUUUUGUUCCACCUUGUCUAGAUGCGCCUUCUGUUCCUGCUCCUCUCUGCUCCCAGGUCCAUGCUUCUCUCCCUGCAGUCUUAGCUGUCCAGUCCUUGUUCGCUGACCACAGGCUCUCCCUGGAGGAGCCCCAGGGUGGAGGACUUGGUUCCUCAGUUUGGGCACCAGGCCAGGCGGCCCCUUAGUGGAUGUGGAUUUGACCAUAAUAAAUCCAACUAGUGGUGGCAUUGAGAUGUGGAUCCUUAUGUUAGUUUGUCAGGGUCAACACCUUGGUCACAGGAGCCAGUCUGGGAGGCAGACAACGGUGCCUUCAUGUGGGGAAGGGGCACAGCACAUGGGGCAGGUGAAGAUACCGGGCAGCACUAGGGCUGGUCCCCGGGGUUCCCUGUGGCAAAGCCUUUCAGAAUUGGUGGGAUGAGGGGUGGGGCUCCAUUUAAUGUGGUCUAUAGCAGGGAAGUGGUGCAGAGACCCAGGAGUCCUCAGACCACCUACCCCAGGGUGGGCACCCUGGGAGCCUGCAGUCAUGCAACAGGGGCUGGAAUGGGGAAGGCACAGGAUGUGUCCCACCUGUGUGCAGGGCCGUGGGCAUUCCCUGCCAAGGGCUCAGUGCAGGCCACUUCGGCUUAGAGAGUUGUGGGUAGCAGUGACACCUUCUCAGCCCCACUCACUCAGAAGUGCGUCCACCUCCAAAGUGCCCCUGGACCGAGGUAGCCUCGACUCCCUCCAGGACUCCCAGCACCCUCCUGAUGCCCACUGUCCUUUGGGUGCUCUGCUCCUCCCCCCAUUCUGGGCAGAUGUGGCCAGGUGUGUGACUGGCAGCCUGAAGUCCUCCU